AAAAAAUGUUUCUUCGUAAUCACUAGCAACCCCUCCACAUAGUAGCGAUUCUCUCUUCUUUUACUUUCCCCACACACAUACACAGACAGACACAUCAACAUAACAAGCCUACUAAAAGUAGUGUGUGUAAAAAAGAUCAUGAACUCGUCUGACGCUCAUGACGAACAGAAUCGUAGAGGCUCACUUGCCAUUUCGGCUUUAUUGAACGACGUGGCUGUUGAUCCAUAUCGUUCGCCAGAGGGUCUUCCACAACGCUCAGAGCCUUUGGAUUAUUUUUCGCCUCUACGUUCGCCUAAUUUCAAUACAAGUGGCCGCAGUAGCGAUAAUCCGUCGCCUACCAUGUCAAGCAGUGUCGCAUCCAGCCCUGGUCCACCGAGGCGAUUGGAACGGCCCCAAUCGUGGCAUAAGGAUACUAUUACACCAGAAGGCUAUCAUCGUCGGCUGAAUAGCAAUGGUGAUGUGAUUGUGUCGACCAUUGCCAAGGCAAAGCGUAAACGCAUUUCGCCCGAUCAGUUUAGGCGCUUGAUGGAUGUCUUUGAGCAGACUGAUACCCCCAGCUCAGAAGUCAGGGAGAAUUUAGCAAAUGAGUUGGGCAUGACCAAACGUGAAGUACAGGUAAAAUUAAAUAGAAACUUUGGUCAAGUAGAAAAGACACAUUUUUUUGAUCUAAUUUUUUAUUUACUUUUGUAGGUAUGGUUCCAAAACCGUCGCGCCAAGAUGAACCGUACAAAGGCAGCUGCCACUUUGCAAAGAGCAGGACACAAUCAGCAACAAGAACAACAGCAGCAGUUAUUAUUACCACACCAACAUCAUUUGGUUCCACAAUAUCAUCAUCAUCAUCACCACCACUUGGCGGCUCCAGGACCUCCUCAGCGACAACAACAUCAUCAUCAUCACAGCCAGCCACUUUUGCGACGUGCUUCUGCCAAUUCCAUCCUAGAAUCCCAUCACGUACCACCUCGGCCAGCACAACCUCGUUCAACUUUAUCGUAUCCGCCUUCUAUCCCACCUCCUUUAGCACCACCACAGCAACAGCUU